UAAAAGAAAAGGAGAGCUGAGUUUUCCCAGAGGUUUCGGGAGGAUCGGUAUCCGGACGCAACGCUUACUAUUGUGAUCGAGAUACGUUUUUUUUACCUACCGAAUAAUGUCUUCCAUUUGCCCACAUUUACUGGUGUUUCUCAGUCUAUUACUGUGUAUUUCGUCGUCAGUAACCAAUGGCCAAAAACGAGGGUUCAUUGGAAUUACGGAUUCUACCUCAGACUCCGCCGUCGUUGAUUCGGCUACAUCAAGCAUGUUAACGAGUAGCCUGACCACAGUUUUCCUGCCUCUCAUCUACAUUUUUGUGUUUGCUGUGGGUUUGCCCAGCAAUGCCAUGGCAGUUUGGGUCUUUGUCUUCAGAUCAAAGAAGAUCCACCCAUCUGCCAUUUAUAUGGCCAACCUCGCAUUGGCUGACUUGCUGUUUGUCAUCUGGGUCCCACUGAAGAUUGCCUACCACUUGAAAGGCAACAACUGGACCUUUGGAGAGGGGAUGUGUAAAGUAUUUGUAGGCUUCUUCUAUGGGAAUAUGUACAGUUCAAUCCUGUUCAUCGCAUGCUUGAGUGUGCAGCGGUACUGGGUGGUGGCGCAUCCGCUUACCCAACAGAGGACAGACAAAAGACUAGCCAUUGCAUUAUCAGUCGGCAUCUGGGUUUUUAUUUGGAUUAGUACCACGCCACUCUACCUGUACCAGCAAACAGUCAAAGUCUCUGUGCUCAACAUAACCACUUGCCAUGAUGUCAACCUUAUCACAAACAUAGAUAACCCCUUUCUGGAUGUUGAGAAGCCAUACUAUUAUUUCAUGGUAAUGGCAGGGUUGGCCUUCAUCUUACCAUGUGUGGUUAUCAUCGCAGCUUAUGUCCUAAUGAUGCGCAAACUGGGACAAUCCACUAUGGAGGUUAGCAGUGCUAGCAAGAACCGACGCCGGGCCAUGAUUCUUAUCAUCACAGUUCUCGUUACGUUCUUGGUCUGUUUUAUUCCUAGCAAUGUAAUGCUGGUGGUGCAUUAUGUUCUCCUGGGAAAGGGACUUGCUAACAAUGGAUAUGGCUUCUACAUCAUUGCAUUGUGCUUGGCCAGUCUCAACAGCUGCUUGGAUCCAUUUGUUUACUAUUUUGUGUCAGAGGAAUUCCGGGCACAUGUGAAAAACACUCUUCUGUGUCGAAGCAGUCGGACUGUGGAAAGAAUGAGAGUCUCUUUUAGUUCCAUGAAGUAUUCUAAGAAGAGUAACACUUACACAUCUAGCACAGGCAAUACAGAUAGUAGUACAAUCUAAGAGCUGCAGUGUACAUAUAAAGAGAGAAUGAGUAAUUACUUAGGAUGGCUGUGAAUUUUAUACAUAUAUUUUUAUUUGUUCAGAUUUUCUCAGGUAGCACACUCUGGUAUGAAAGAAGCCAUGAUUUGUUUGACUGAGUGUAUACAAAAGAAAGGGCGUGUCUGUGUCUGUCAGUGUGUAUGCGUAUGCAAGUAAUUUAUAUACUGUUAAUGUUACUUGGUGUAAAAAAAAAAAAAAAAAAGAACAGAGUCACAGAAUGAAACUUGACACAAAAACAUCUAUGGUGCAGCCAGGCAAGUCUGCAACCUUUUAAUUUUUUUAUUCAAACGUGAGUUCAGGAUGUUCUCUGCUUCUAAUAGACUGAAUCAUACAUUUUUUACUUUUCUGCAUUUUUCUUCCAAUUUCAGGUUUUAUCACUUGUAGGGUUAUCAAAAAAUAAGGUUCACAAAGAAUAACUGUUUUCAAAGCACUAUAUUUAAAGACCAAAUUGUCUCCAUUCACAGGGGGAAAUUAACAGUUAUUUUAUUUUUAGAAAACUGUAACUCCAAAACAUGCACGAUUGCCAUUUCUUUGUAAAUAUGCUCUUUCUUGUCUUCUUCCUCCCAACAUAGGCAGCAGUGUGUGUGUGUUAGAUAUGCUUUUUAUCUUUCUUUAUUAAAGUCAAUCGACAUUUACGACAUUUACAACAGCUGCCUGUUCCAGCUAUCAAAAUGAUUUCAAAACAUUAUUCUUCUGGAAUAAAUGUAAUUUCCCUUGUUUAUGGAGACACCCUGUAGUUUUAAGAUUAGGCUUUGCUUCAAGACAGACACCCACAUGUAAAAUCUAUAAUAUAUAUUUCUAGAUAUAUGCAGAUGAAUGCUAGAACUGACUCUUCUUCAGAAUUAACACCAUCUUUAUAUUUGACCCUCCACAUUUAUUUUUGUAACAUAUUUAUGUAAACAUUGCUUUAAUAAAUGUUUUGUAUAUUA